CUCAUAAAAGCUGGUGAUGCAACGUACCGGCCACAAGCGCAACUUUACGCACCAGCAGGAAGAGGAAGAGAAGAGGAGCGCCUGAACUCUCAAAGGAGCUCUGAGUUUUUCUCCACGGCCACUCGAAGCUUGAACAGAAUGAUGCUGCAGCACUCAGGUCCCUCGCUGGCCGACAUCAGCUGCUCCGCCCUGGUGCCCUGCCUGUCCCCACCGGGCACGCUCACCCUGGACGACUUCACCAAUUUCACACCCAUCGUGAAAGAAGAGCUGCGACUGGCCAUCCAGAACAAGAGGCUGUCCAACGGGCUCAGCGCCGACAUGAGCUCCGACGGCGCCAGCUCCAGCUCGGACCGUCCCUCGGAUAACCUCGCCUGUGGAUCCGCUGUGAGGAGAGAGAUUUCUCCUCAAGAACACGAGAGGAGGAAGAGGAGGAGGGAGAGGAACAAAAUCGCUGCUGCCAAGUGUCGCAACAAGAAGAAGGAGAAGACAGAGUCUCUGCAGAAGGAGUCAGAGAAACUGGAGAGUGUGAACGCCGACCUGAAGGCGCAGAUCGAGGAGCUGAAGCAGCAGAAGCAGCAGCUGGUCUACAUGCUCAACCUGCACAGGCCCACCUGCAUCGUCCGAGCCCAAAACGGCCAAACGCCCGAGGACGAGAGGAACCUCUUCAUCCAGCACAUCAAGGAGAGCACCUUACAACUCCACAACCUCACCUCCUCCACCGACACCUCCUCCUCCUCCACGUCCACCUCCUCCACCACGUCCACCUCCACAUUAGCACCUCUAGACGGAGGUUUUCUGACCCUCGAUCACAUUCAGUGUGCCAGUCACCUAUGAGUGAUGAGGCGCUUCUUGCCACUUUUCUAAGACUCGCAAAGCUUCAACCCGCUGCCAUCGAUGUAGCACCGAAGAGUGUUGGAGAGGGAGGUGGAGCCGCCGCACAGGCUUGCGACCUGAGAAUGACAGUGACGUAAAAAUGAACACCACCUUCAGAUGACUCCUCAGUCUCACUGACAAAGCUGCUGGAGAGAGAGAGACCUCCCACUCCCUGAAACUGAAGCUGCUGACUGGACAGGAAGUGAUACACAUCACCAUGACGUACAUUUUUUAUUUUCAACAUUACAGUCAGGGCCAAGGACAGAAAGCACUAAAAGAAAAAAAACAUAAACUGCAAUUGCUUUUAUUAUUACUAUUAUUAUUAUUAUUAUUUACUGUUUUUUUGAAUAGUUGAGAGUCUCAGUUAUUGUCUGAUUUUGUUUUUGUACCAAAGUGUGAUUUCAAGGUGAUCAAGGCACAUAAUUUAACCGUUCACCCACAAAGUAGAUGCAGAUGUGUGAGUGUGUACAGAGCGUUUGAGUGGCAAGUCACUGACUUUAAAAAAGAUAUUGUUGUUUGUGCUUAGUCUAUGAAAAGUAAUAUAUUUAUCAAGUAACUAGUGUAUGUCAUUACCGUAUCAACCCUGUCUGCUUGUCCUUUAUCGUCCUAAAUUUGCUGCUACCACUAACCACUCAGGACCUACGUGAGCUUUAGAAGUUGAUUUCAUGUUGUUUUUCUUUUGCUGUUUAUAUUGCCCAACUAAAGAGCUAACCUCAUUACAAGUCAGGUUGUUUUUCUGUCAGUCAAGGUAGCAGUCACAUGAGGGAAAUGUACUUUGCAGGCAGGGUUUACAAAUCUGCACUUAACGAGAAAAGCAAAAAACUAGAGUAUGAUCAUGUAAGCGGAUGAUAUCUUACUGUUCGUGAAUGACUGUAUUUAGGAUGUUUGGUAUGAAAAUCCUCUUGGCUUAGAGGUGGGAACACAAAAGUUGCUGUGGAAACUGUCAAGACAAGUUUCCGAUUUUACAUGUUUAUCAUGCCUUAACUGGUAGCCAAAGUUACUUUUGUUUUAAAACUCAAAAAACUCACAGAAUGGAUUUGUGCUCAUCUCAGCUGGUACUUUAAGUGCUGCAAAGGAAAUCAUAAAAUUCCACCGUGGACAUUAAUUUGAAACUCACUGGCAAACAAAAUUGCCUCAGAAAAAUGAAAUACUGUAUAUAAUCUCACAAGUACACUUUAUUUAUCACUGCGGUCCCUCUUAUCAUAAACAGAACUAAUGUUGCUUUUUACAUCGUCUGUGACGAUGAAGCUUCACGACUGUUAUUUUUCAGACAUGUUGUUUUCUACCUAAAUUUGUGUAAAUUGUAUUGACUGUGCAUUAAGCUGUGCUACUGUAUGUAAACACCGGAUGCCUCCUCUGGUCUUGACGGAGCAAAACAAACAAACAAAAAAAGAUUGUUAUUUUUUAAAAUGUAUUUUAUGAACAGCAUUUAGUUUGCAAGUUGUGUUCACUGGAUAUCGUUAGCUAGGUAUCGGAAGUGCUGCAUCAGCUUCUGGCUGGUCCUUUAACACACUUGACUCUGGCGUUGUAGAAGAUGAUGUGAUUAUUACACUCAGUGUUAUGAACUUUAUUAAUGUCCAGGCUUUAACUCACUGCCAAAUAUUUUCUCUCCUUCCACUCCCAUUUCCUGCCGCUGGCCUGUUCGCUCUGUAGUGAAGAACCCUCAAAAGAGAUGUGGUUUAUUGCGCAAACAGAAACUGAGGGAGUGUGAUGAGUGAGAAUCGAGAAGCUUUCUAUUCUAUUUCCUGUCAAAUCACAGAAUCGGUCCAAAGUGUCACAGUCCCUCACAAAGCAGACUGAACACUGAACAUGUUAGCACCAUUCUUGCUCUCUUACAGUUCAUAACAGAAGUGUAAUAAUUACUUUGUGUCAAUUCACAGUGAGGACUGAAGUCUCAUAUAUUAUGUUUGCAUGGUAUACGUUUGAGAAAAGGUUCAUAUGUUGUGUAUUCUGUAAGCGGUUGAAGGGACGCGGGCGUCGACGUGUGUUCGUAGUGUGUAUGUUGUCUUUGGUGGUUAAAGUUGUUCGUUGUCUGGUUGCUAGUCGUGGCUAAUAGCUGCUAGGCGCUGAGUUCGAUGUGUAUGUGUUCUACUGUGCCUGCUUCCACUGGAGGCUGUUUUGUUUGUCUGCCGCUGCUCGACUGUUGGAGCGUCGCAGCCUGAAGACACAAACUGUAGGCUGUCAGGUAAAACUGCACUGCUAAUACCAAUGUGUACUUCCAUCCUCGUGAUCUGUCCACUUUUGGUUUUGAUACUUUAUUAAUUAAAAUUAUGCACUGCAAA